CAAAUUUGCAGUAGUUUUAAGAUUGCAGGGCAAACUUCUGUUUGAAAAUGUCGUUCGCUAAGGUUGACGUCGAUGGUAUUAUCAAGAAAUUAACAUCAAAAGAGCUCAGAGAAAGCAACAAAAUAAAAAUGAUCAACUUGCCAGAAUCGGACAUUAAAGGCCUGUGUUUCAAAGCGUUAAAUGUUUUCAUGUCACAACCGAUGUUGUUGGAACUGGAAGCACCGAUCAAAGUGUGCGGCGAUGUUCACGGACAAUUUACCGACCUUCUGAAACUGUUCACAUUCGGUGGAUUUCCGCCCGAUUCCAAUUACCUUUUCCUUGGAGAUUACGUGGAUCGGGGCAAGCAAUCCUUGGAAACGAUGUGCUUGCUUUUAGCUUACAAAAUCAAAUACCCGGAGAACUUUUUUCUGCUCAGGGGAAAUCACGAAGCAGCCCAAGUUUGCAAAAUAUAUGGAUUCUACGACGAAUGUAAACGUAGGUACAAUACGAAACUUUUCAAAAUUUUCACGGACCUAUUCAACAGGUUACCCGUAGCCGCCAUAAUCGGUGACAAGAUAUUCUGUUGCCACGGCGGUUUGAGCCCUGACCUGUUACACAUAGGACAGAUCAGGAAUAUUGAGAGACCCAUCGACGUUCCCAUCCAAGGAUUGCUUUGUGAUUUGUUAUGGUCCGAUCCAUGUCCAAAACUCGGAUGGACUGAAAACGAUAGGGGAGUCUCAUUUUCGUUUGGUCCCGAUGUGGUGGCAAAGUUCUUGGCCAAACACGAUUUUGAUUUAAUUUGUCGCGGACAUCAGGUGGUCGAGGAUGGUUACGAGUUUUUCGCUCAGAGGAAAUUGUUGACGUUAUUCUCGGCUCCGAAUUAUUGCGGAACUUUUGACAACGCGGGAGCGCUUAUGUCCAUAAAUGAAGACCUGUUGUGCUCGUUUCAGAUAUUAACUCCUAAGAAGAACUAGUCGAUGUACAAUAAUCUGUCGUUAUAAAGUACGCUGUGAUGUUUUAGAUAAGGCGGUUAAGUAUCGAUGUAAAAUAAAUUAGGUUUAGGUAAAAUAAAA